AUGGGGUCGCCGCGCGAGCUCGAGCUCUCCGACGAGGUGGAGGGCGAGGAGGACGGCACCGACGACUUCGUAUUCCGCCUCGCCGGCGACCCCAUCCCGCUACUCCCGACCGACUCCAACCUGCUCCCGCUCUUCGACCUGCUGUCCCCUCCCGCGCGCCCGCUCGCCGUCUCCGACCGCCACGCCACCGUCUUCCUCGCCCACCCCAGCGGGUUUCUAGCUGUGAGGACGAAGGAGUUGAUCGAAGCCAGCAAGGAGGCGCGCGAGAAGGGCAAGGCGAGCACCCGCUGCGCGCAGGACUGCUGCGUCGCCGAUGUGCCCCUCCCCGGUGUAUCCCUCAUCGCGCUCUCCCAUGAUGAGUCCGUGUUAGCAGCCUGCACGGAUACUGAGAUCCAGUUCUUCUCGUUGGCGUCUCUGCUCACACAUAAGGAUGUGGUACCAUCCUCAUCAUGUAGCCUGGGACGAGCUGGCACUGUGAAAGAUUUCAAGUGGUUAAAUCAUGCCUCUGCAGCAUAUAUUGUACUCUCAAACGGUGGGUUGCUGUGUCAUGGGAGUUUGGGCGAAGGCCUGAAGGAUGUGAUGGAAAACGUUGAUGCAGUUGAUUGUUGCAAGGAAGGAAAUCAUAUUGCCGUUGCAAGAGGGAACAAACUUACCAUAUUAUCACCAGAUUUUAAGGAAACAUGCUCCAUGUCCCUCUUGUUCCAGUUGUGGUCUGAUGAAAGUGAUUCAGAGGGCACUGCCAUCAAAGUGGAUUCCAUUGGCUGGGUACAUGGUGAUAGUAUUGUUAUUGGGUGUGUUCGAUUAAAUGAAGAUGACAAUGAAGAAGGCUAUCUUGUUCAAGUUAUAAGGACUGAAGAAAGCACAUUUUGUGAGAGCCCAGGCAAGCCAGAUGUUUAUACCUAUGUCGAUUUUUUCCAUGGCAUUAUGGAUGAUGUUUUACCAUCUGGAGUUGGACCUAAUCUGCUUUUGGGUUAUCUGCAUCGCUGGGAUCUCAUGGUGGCUUCCAAUAAAAAGAGCAUUGAAGACCACAUUGCCCUUCUGAAGUGGCCAUCUGCACAUGAUGAUGAAAAAACUGUAACAUAUCUUGAAAUGUUGGAGGAUAAAUACAGUCCUAGGAUUGACUUGCAAGAGAAUGGCGAUGACAACGUCAUACUAGGGUUUGGUGUUGAGAAUGUUUCAUUAUUUCAAAAGAUCACUGUAACAGUUGGACCUGAACAAAAGGAGGUUGCCCCUCAACAUAUUCUACUCUGUUUGACUGGUGAAGGCAAACUAGCUGUAUAUUACCUCGCCAGGAUUUCGGACCCUUCUGAUUUACCUCAUGCUACUGUGUCUACCAAUGAGGACUACGGUGAAAAACAUAUUUCACCUGCAACUGUAUCUGAAAAGGAGUUGACUCCAAGUGUAGGCUCGGUAUCUAAGAGUACUCUCACUGAACAUGGUGCUGAGGCCUCUAGUGCACAAACAGGUAGCAACCAGCAGGAAUCAAUGAAUGUGAAAAACAGUAGCUCAGCUUCAAAAGAGCAGGAAACAACUGGCAAUUCGUUGCUUAUCUCUUCCAAUAAGAAGCCCAUAGACACCAGGCAACUGAAUGUGACUGCUCCACCUGCAGCCUUGCCUAGCUUAGAAUUAACAGGAAACACAAAACCUACAAUAUCUUCCAGCUUUUCUACUGUCAAUAAUGAAGGCAUGAAUCCAACAGGAGGCAAUGCACCUAAUGGAUUAGCUCCUUCCUUGCAACCAGGCAGCAGAAGUUUUGGAAACAGCCAAACUGGUAAAGAAGGUCUGGAUUCAGCUCAAUCAGUGGGAAUAUUUGGUGGAUCUCAAAAAACCAAUAAAGAUGGUGAUGUCUAUGAUUUCAAGUCUUCAGUGUUCACCUCUAGUGGAUCUGUCCCUGCCAAGAUCGGAGAAAGGAAUGAGGUUGGUUUUGGAGUUCCUUCACCGCAAACCAGCUACACCGCUGAUAGAAAAGUUUUUGGUGCUCCAGUUGCCUUAAGUUCUGUACCUUCACCGUCGAUAUCUCCAGCUAAACCUGCCCCAAUUGGAUCUUCAUCAAGUGGAUUUCGGACAGGAAACUCUGAAGCUCCUCAAUCAUUGCGUGGAUCAUCUCCGUCACAGCAAUCUAUGGGCAAAUCACAUAACAGCAGGACACAAGCACCAGCAGACUAUUCUAGAAACUCCGAGAUGGGCACAAGAUUUGAUUCUGAACAAGACUUAUCUAAAAAGUUUUAUAGUAUAAAUGAAAUGACGAAGGAGUUAGAUGCCCUACUAGCAUAUAUAGAAAAGGAUGGUGGUUUCAGAGAUGCCUGCAUAACCUUCCAGCAGCGUCCUCUUUCUAUGUUUGAGGAUGGCUUGCAAAACUUUUUGGAGUUGUUGCAGGUCUUCAAGGGCAAAGUAGAGGAACAAUGUUCAAAAAUUGAAGAUCUGAGGAACAAGAUGUUUCAAGUUUCUGCUAGGCAAACUUACAUGAAAGGAAUUGUUAGCCAGUCUUCAGAUAAUCAGUACUGGGAUAUAUGGAACCGUCAGAAAUUGAGUCCAGAAUUCGAAGUGAAGAGACAAAAUAUUCUCAAAGCUAACCAGAAUUUGACAAAUCAGUUGGUCGAGCUGGAGAGGCACUUCAAUAAUCUGGAGAUGAACAGAUCCAGUGAAACAGGAAGAGUGGCUUCUAAUCGAAGAGCUGUUUAUUCUAAUAAGACAAGGUCGAGUCAGACACAAUUAUCCAGUGUAUAUAAUGCACUGAACUCGCAGUUGGCAGCUGCUGAGCAGCUAUCUGAAUGCCUUUCAAAGCAGAUAUCUGUGUUAAAUAUUGGUUCUCCUACUAGGAAGCAGGGGGCGGUGACCAAAGAGUUGUUUGAGUCAAUUGGUUUAGCCCACACAACUGAUGCAACCAAAUUUUCAGGCAUCACUCCUAAGCCAGUUAAGCGGUUUCCAUCAGUGAAUGAGCAUUCAAAGGGAAUAUUAGGGCCUUCCAAGAGUGGCGAGCCUGAGACCGCUCGAAGGAGGAGAGAAUCACUGGAUAUGAGCCUGGCUAGUUUGGAACCUCAGAAAACAACUGUUAAAAGAAUAGCACAGCAACAACGCCUCAAAAUCAGCAGUGAUCUACCAUUCAGGUCAAACAAGAAAAUUUUUGAUUCUCAAAUGGCAGCAAUAUCACAGGAAAAGUCAAGCGAUAGCUCCAAUUCAUCUAUAGUAGAAUCAUAUGUAAGCAGACUGCAUUCUCUGAGUGAAGUUUCAGAUGUAAAAGAAAAACCCUCAGGACCCCAACAGAACCCUUUGUUCAAAUGGGUAAAGGAAUCAACUGGAUCAUCUCAAAUCUCAGAGCAAAAGCAUUUUGAGUUACCAGGCCAAAUGAAAAGCACUGCACAAUCUUCAAAACUGACACCAUCUUCACCAUCAUCAUUCAGUUACACCCGAAUGGGUGCACAAGAUAGUAUCAACCCAUCCAGUGUGCCAUCGUUUGGAACAAAACAUACUGUGUCUAAGCCAAAUACUUUAACCUUCAAAACCACUAUAACCCCUAAAAGUAAUGCCAAGACAGAGCCAAAUAUAUUACCUUCCAUAACAGCUGCAAAAACUUUUCAGAGUCCACUGUCUGUGAAAACUACUGGGGAGUCUGGAGAUUUGCCUACAUUAACUAUGAAGAACAGACAGGAUAGUCAGUCAAUGCCAUCUUUGGGGAACAUAAAAGGACCGUGUGCUUCUCUGCAGAACAAGGGUGGCAUAUUUACAGAUCUUGGCAAAUCGUCUUUUACUUCUGAACAUUCCAAGCCGGCUGUAUUACAUGAGAAGACUGGCCAGCUUAGUGGGGUUGGCAAUGCUGCACAGAACACUGUGAAAGAUACCCCCAAGAUGGCACCUCAACCUUCUGCGUUCUCGCCAGCUCCUGUUACUCAGAGUGAUUCAUACUCCUUAAGGUCGACUAUUUCCUCUUCAGCCACAUCAGCCUCAUCAGGUGCGAAAACUUCGGAUGUUUUAUCUAGCGCAAUGCAGAAAGUUUCUCCAAUAGUGCCCGGGGGUACUGUGUCUAGCUCAAUCCCUACUCCUGCUAAGGAUUCGUCAACUGGCUUGAGUCAAAAUGCUUCCAAACCUGAAACGCUAAAAACAGAGGUAACUAGUACCAUAGUUUCUGUAAGUUCGACUUCAGUCAUAUCGACCACUGAAAGCAAACCUUCAGUGCCUCCAACAACUGGCGCCAGCUUGCCUUCUGCUCAUGUCUCUGCUCCUAAAACAGCGCCAACAACAUCAGAAUCAGUUGUCACUUCCACAGGAAAAGAUGUAGGACCAAACACUGACGCCAUCGCAACCGAUGAAGAUGAUAUGGAAGAGGAGGCGCCUUCUGCAAGUGCCGAACUCAACUUGGGAGCCCUUGGUGGAUUCAGCCUCGGGUCCCAGCCUUCUUCAAGUCCUCAAAAGUCUAAUCCUUUUGGUGCCUCCUUUGGUACAUCUGACAAUAAAAGUUCAGGCACACCAUUUACUUUGACAACCAGUCCAGGACAGCUUUUCCGACCAGCGUCGCUAAGCAUUCCUUCAGCUCAGCCAGCCCAACCAUCUCAAUCAACUAGUUCUAGUUCUUUUUCUAGUACGUUCUCAAGUGGGCUUACUGGAUUUGGACAGCCUGCACAAAUUGGAUCUGGCCAGCAGUCAGCAUUUGGGAAGCCUGCACAGAUUGGAGCUGGUCAGCAGGCAGGAUUUGGGCAGACAGCACAAAUUCAAUCUGGAUUUGGUCAGCCUGCACAAAUUCAAGCUGGUUUUGGUCAGUCAGCACAAAUUGGAUCUGGGCAACAGUCAGGAUUUGGGCAGCCUGCACAAAUUGGGGCUGUCCAGUCAGGAUUUGGGCAGCCUGCACAGUUUGGUGCUCAACAGGCACUUGGAUCAGUGCUGGGUUCUUUUGGACAAUCGCGCCAGUUAGGAGGCGUAGGUUCUGGAGGAUUUGGUGGAUUUGCUAGUGCUUCUACAUCUGGGGGUUUUGGUUCUUUAUCUUCAAGUAAUGCUGGAUUUUCUGGUGCUGCAUCAGGUGGGGGCUUUUCAGCACCCGCUGCUUCUGCAGGUGGUGGUUUUGCUGCUGCUGCUACUAGUGGAGGUUUUGCUGCUCUUGCCUCCAAAAGUGGUGGUUUUGCUGGUGCAGCUUCAUCUGGUGGUGGUUUUGGAGGUGCUGCCCAGGGAGGUGGCUUUGGCACUGGUGAGAUCUCUGAAGUUGUGUUCUGUUUUGAACAAAUACUUACUUUUGGAGGGAAGUUUUGGAUAAAUGCUAAUGUGUGA